AUGGGUUUCAAAUUUUAAUUUUAUCAAUAGAUUUAUCACAAGGGUAUCUCGUAGCCGACCAUUCUUUUCCCUGCGUCACCAAAACCCGAUCCGCAGAGACGAGUUGAGCAGAAAAAGUCCCGGCAUCUGGCACGCUUCUUACGUAUCCGCAAGUAUUGGUUCUGAGAACCUGCGGGUAUACAUAUAAGCGCAUCAUUAUGUUGGGGAGGAGUUAGUUCUUCCGCAAACUCUGCUGCCAGUAGUUCGAAAGUGGUUUUUCUUCAAGAUGAAAUCAUUCUUUUUGGUGUCUCUGUUCCUGGUCCUGGCUCUGGCUAAAGUCAGCGCAAAUUGUUCCGGGAACUGUCCGGACACGGAGGAGGUUGUCUGGGCUCUGAGCCCUGGUGGUGGAGGGUGUAGUGUCUUCCGGAAUAAGUGCUACUUCGCAAAGGCGAACUGUGUUAGCAGGCCAGCCCUGACCAUCACCACUAAGGAGAAGUGUCAGAGACUCUGCCCCGAAAUCUGUCCAUUGUUGUAUCGCCCCACAACGGGCAAUUACAGGGGUCAGAUUCGAGAGUUUAGCAAUGACUGCGAGAAAAAUGUUCACAGCUGUCGCACUGGCGAGACUUUUUUGUAAAGCACUUUAAAAAGCUUCAACAUUUGAAUUACUUGUGGGUUUAAAUAAAGCGAUUUAUCCGAAAUCUGUAUUUGUUUUCGGGAAAAAAAAUCGCGGAAAAUCUUUGCAUUGGGGCGAUUCAACUUUUGUACCGAUUUAAGGUCAGGAAUAUCUAGCUUUAGUGAAAUAUUUUUGGGAAAAUGGCAAAUACAAACAGUUCUUCCCCAGUUGAACAAACGAUGCUCUUAAUAACAACUUAUUUUUAUUUAUUCUACUUCGCUGUGUAUUUUUCUAUAUAUCGAAUAAACAUGCGAUAAAUGGAGAGGUUCGUUUAUUUAUACAGACUUAUACAGAUCGCUGAUGUGGCGCUCUUGGCAAUUGAUACUUGCCAUAUUUUGUUCAAUUUGUGAAUUAUAAUUUUCGUAGAUAACAAUUAAUUAAAUAUUUAUAAGAGAGACAAUAAAGGUUUUGUUUGAAGUAUUUUGUUAACAUUUCCAUGGAAAUAAUAUAUGUAUAUAUUUCGUUCAGAAUAUAAGCACGUUGUCUGUCUAUCGUAGAUCUUCACAAUAAUUAAAAAAAAAAAAAUAAAUAAAUUCCCAAGGUCAGCACUAAUAAGCAGUUGGCUUCAUCGGGUUGCUAUUCUUAACCCGAAAUUUAAAAGUAAUUAAUAUGUUUAAUAGAAAAUU